GGCAAAUUUUCGUAGACAAUUGUUUUGUCGCUGCGCUUUGAUGGCGGCGGCGGCGACGUUGCAAGAAUCGCUAGCCAUUAUAUAAACAUGCAGCGCGGCUCGAGAGUCAGUCAGUUGUACACAUCAAGUGGCAUUUGCACCACCAAGCACCACUCCAAACAAACACUAACUUGCAAACUAAUCCGGCAACAGCAUGUUCGGCUUCAACUCCGCUUGCCUCCUGCUCUCCUUGGCGCUGUUCUGCCUGCUGCUGAGCGGCUCCGAGGCAGCGCCGCGUCCUCAGGCGGCGCAGGCAGAGGCCGCCAGCAGCGACUUGGAGGCUGGCGUCGAGGCCGAGGAGAAGGAUCUGGACGGCGCCGCCUCCUACGGCUAUGGCUACUACUCGCCCUAUUUCGGCGGCAGCUACUACGGCGGCUACUGGCCGCACUACACCGGCAGCUACUACGGCCUGGGUGAGUUCGGCUAUCCCUACUACGGCGGCUACUACGGACUGCAUCAUCAUCAUGGCCACUACGGACACUACUUCUAGAUGGGCCUCAGCUCUAGCCUCACUCAUAGCCAGCACUUACUGUAGCUGCGCUCUUGACCAAAAUUCUUGAGUAGUUUGCGCACGUUAGCUUCAAUUCAACGCACAAGGAUAAUUGCUUCAAUUAAGCAAAAAAAUGCAAAAAAAAAAAAGA